AUGUCAACCAAGGCCUCUGCAUCCCGAUUACAAAGUCCAGGCGACCGGAACCUGAAGAACGUGGUACUGGGGGACCUGCUGUUCAAGCCGUGGUACCAAUCCAUCUACCCAGAAGACCUCGUCGCGAAAGACGCCGACCACCUCUACGUUUGUCGCUGGUGUUUCCGAUACUCUUGCAACAAAGAAGCCUUUGCGUCCCAUACACAGGUCUGUGAGAAUCGUACGACGCCCCCCGGCACCAAGGUCUAUGAUCAUGGUGGCUACGCAGUGUGGGAGGUAGACGGAGAGGUACAUAAACUAUUCGGACAGAAUCUAUCUCUGUUUGCCAAGUUAUUUCUGGACCACAAAACGGUAUUCUUCGACGUCGCAACAUUUCUAUACUACAUCCUCACCUUCACGGACCCUGACAACCAAGACAACUACCAUGUCCUUGGUUUCUAUUCUAAGGAAAAGCUGUCCUGGGACGCCAAUAAUCUGGCAUGCAUAUGUGUCUUCCCUCCAUACCAACACAAACAACUCGGCAAAUUACUGAUGGGUGUGAGCUAUAAACUCAGCGGCUGGGAAUCAUCCGGCGGUUCCAUUGGAGGGCCCGAGAAACCUCUUAGUGACUUGGGCCAAAAGAGUUACAAUAGGUUCUGGGCCGAACGGAUUGCAAGGUAUCUCCUAUGUGGGAAGCAUGGAAAUGAUGGAAGAGAGAAUGAUAAGAAACCUAGCACUCCUUCAAAGGGUUCUCGUAAGAGACCCCAACGCGAAACCAUGACUGUUGAAGAGAUCGGCCGAGCCACUGGUAUGUUAACAGAGGACGUGAUCACCGCAGUCAAGAGUAUGGGUGUCAUCAAGGCGGAUGAUAGCCCCAAGAAACGAAAGAUGCCCCGUCAUAGCAACGGAACCGAGACUGACGAGGGGCCUAAGAUGCUGAUUCGUAAAUCAGAUGUUCUGGAGUGGGCAAAAUCCCAUCAUCUUGACUUACAUGAUCCUGUCAGAGAAGAAGGCUUUAUUGUCAUAUUCCCAACAGCCACUGACUCGGAAGAAGAAGAAUUUGUAGAAGCCUAG